AUGCAGGUGGGACAUGAGGUCGACGGCCACGGCCUGGACGGAUCGCCAUCCCCGAACUCCUCGUCUCCGGGAGAAGCCACAACUUCAACCAUGGGCCCUAACAACCAAGGGGCCAAAUCGUUACGGCCCCCAUACGAGUGGAUGAAGCCAACAGCCGCGCUCCCGCAAGCUGGCAAGACUCGAACCAAGGACAAAUACAGGGUGGUGUACUCGGACCAUCAGCGCCUGGAGCUGGAGAAGGAGUUCCACUUCAGCAAAUACAUCACCAUCCGCAGGAAGGCAGAGAUCGCUUCUCAACUAGGACUCUCAGAAAGACAGGUAAAAAUAUGGUUCCAGAACAGACGAGCGAAAGAAAGAAAGCAAAACAAGAAGCGAGAGGAACAAGUGGGCAUACAUCAACAUGGCGCUAGUGGCAGCAACAACUCCGACCUCCAACAACAUCUACAACAUUCCUCCAAUCACGACCCACUUCCACACCCAUUCAUUCCAAAAAUAGAAUUGGAUGAAGAUAAGAGCAGCAUGCACGAUCUGAACUCUCACACGACUCAUGCUCAAAUGGCAGGGCUACAAUCUCAUUCAGCCACGCCCACGUCGAUUGUUCUGCACCCGAGUCUUCACCAUUCACCAAAUAUGGUAAUGUCACCAAUAAUUAUGAGCCGUGGCCACGCCCAUCCGGCAGUUGGACGCUACCAUGACAACGUGCAAACAACGACCAUGUCUCCGGGCCACGAUGAAAUCGCCUAUAGAAUGACGGCAAAUGCUGAAAGCAAUGGCAAUAACAUGAAUUUAUCCGGGUCAUCAGACAGCGGUGUCAUGUCCACUCACUGA